GGUGAACGACAGCGCAGUCGACAAUCUGCUCCUGCACGGAGUCCCUCGCACACCUUCUCCUUCUGCUUUUCGCUCGUGUCUCCGACGCUCACCGGCGUCACUUCAGCGUCGCGACGAGGAAAAACACCACUGGGAACGAGGACGGAACGGAUUUUCAAUUUUCUCGGUCCUUCACGACCGAAACCCUCGACCACGGUCCAGAGCCGUACCAAAAACUAAAUGGAACGUCGACGAGGAACCGCGUCUCUCUGAACUAACGAGAGUGUAGGUCCGGACGAGGACCCUUCGAGCAAGAUGCGGUGAUCGGUGACGAAAUUCGUGACAGAGAAGCCGUUCGAAGGCUUCAGGCCGCCGCAACCAUGCUGUUGCCGGCCGAUAUGCUGGCGGCCCAGUCCAAGAUGGUGUACCAGAUCAACAAGUAUUUCGGAGAACGGGUGAUGACCAGGAAAAGCCAAGUGAUGAAGACGAUCCAAGAAGUAUGUCGCGUUGUGCAGGACGUACUGAAGGAGGUGGAGGUGCAGGAGCCCAGGUUUAUCUCUUCUCUGACGGACUACAACGGUAGAUUCGACGGGUUGGACGUGAUCUCGCCGACGGAGUUCGAGAUCGUGAUCUACCUGAAUCAGAUGGGGGUUCUGAAUUUCGUGGACGACGGCACGCUGCCUGGUUGCGCGGUGCUGAAGCUCAGCGACGGACGGAAAAGGUCUAUGUCCCUCUGGGUGGAAUUCAUCACCGCAUCGGGAUAUCUGUCUGCUAGGAAGAUACGCUCGAGGUUUCAGACCCUGGUGGCGCAGGCCUGCGACAAGUGCGCCUACAGGGACUCCGUGAAGAUGAUAGCUGAUACGACCGAAGUGAAGCUCAGGAUUAGAGAAAGAUACGUGGUGCAGAUCACGCCGGCGUUCAAAUGCGCUGGACUCUGGCCCAGAUCGGCCUCUCAUUGGCCUAUAGCACACAUACCAUGGCCCCAUCCGAACAUCGUCGCGGAAGUGAAGACAGAGGGUUUCGAUAUGCUGUCUAAAGAGUGCAUAGGUCUGCAGGGCAAGCAGUCCGCAAUGGAGGGCGACGCCUGGGCGUUAUCCUUUAUAGAUGCUGAAAAUCGAUUGCUCCAAGGGGCCAGCAGAAAACGUUGCCUAAGCAUCUUGAAAACCCUCAGGGACAGACACCUGGAUCUACCUGGAAAUCCUGUCACCAGCUACCACAUGAAAACCUUAUUGCUCUACGAGUGCGAGAAACACCCUCACGAGGUCGAGUGGGACGAGACGUGUAUCGGCGAUCGUAUCAAUGGGAUUCUAUUGCAACUGAUCUCGUGUUUGCAGUGUCGCAGGUGUCCUCACUAUUUCUUGCCAAAUCUGGAUCUAUUCAAAGGAAAGUCGCCCAGCGGGCUGGAGAACGCGGCCAAGCAAGUGUGGAGACUCACCAGGGAGCUGCUGACCAACAGCCGCGCUCUGGAAAAGCUGUAGCAUGGAACCACUGAGGAAUAUUUCAUUUGGACGUGAAGGGAACUCACGAAUAAUCGAGUCGAUGGAUUGGUCUUCGCUUCAAUCACAUCGGAGGAUUACUCUAGACGACAUUCGUCGACGACUCUGUGCCCGAAUACGUGUAGUGUGUGCUCGCGACUAUUGUUUGGCGAGAGUAAUUGCGCGUGCAUGUGUGAUUCUGUGAUCCACGGGCCAAGCAACGAUCGAAUCAGUGCCAUAAAAUACGCUGACGUUGCGCAUUUGUUUUCGUUUCGCAGCAGGAACGUUCUUCGAUCCGCGAGAGGUCUCCGACGGCAGCUCGUAUCGAGUCUUCAGCGUUAGCUCUUAACCGGUGGUAACCUUUUUUUCCUUUACGAAUUGCUAGUUAGUCGACGUCGGGGAUGAGCAAAAUUUUUAUGUAGUAGAAUUUGUGCUUAUCUGAAUAAAAGAUAAACGUUGUUGGUCGUCAAAUGAAAGUUUCAAUUUAAAUUACAAGAUGAAAUCUUUUAGGAUGAACGAAUAAGGAGUUGAGUGUUCGAUAGAAUAAAUGGGAAUAAAUCGCUGUUCUUUGGCUCCGUUUAUUACGAACCCUUUGGCGCCACUGGGUUUGAUUUAUGUUAGAUGUUGUUUAACGUCGUUAUGAUUUGACGAUUGUGCAAAGAAAUUGUUUCUAAAUUCAUCGUUAUACCUAAAAGAUCGCCAAGUAAAUUAAUAGUCCGUGAUUCGAAUGGAAUUUUGCACGUCUCUGGUGGACGUUACACAAUCGGAGCAGAAGCAUGAAAGCGCGGAACGAUCCGACUGGUUCUCGCGAGACCAUGAUAAUACGGAGCCGACGUUUUCCGAGUCACCGGUUACGGGUUCGUUUAGUCUUCUCUUCUAAUCGACUGUCCUGUCCCCGCCGCUAUGUAAAUACAUCUUAAAAGAUAUUUAUUGAAGUGUACACGAAAAUUGUGAAAUACAAUGCUAUUUAUAUGGAACCGUA